UUUUUCCCUUGGCAGUUUCUCCACCAAUUUGACAAUUAGAUUUUCGCCAUAACUGUUGAACUCGGCAAUUACAUGCUCGACCACAGAGUCUCUCCAAAAUAGAGCGUUGCGGCUCAUAUGGCACACCGAAAUAAAAUAGUUUUCAUGUCUGUUUGGACGGCCGCCCAGCUAAAACUAUGUUCAGCCGCUUGACUGACAGAGGGAUGUGGGCUUUUUUCUCCCCAAGAAAAAUCUUAGGGUCACGAAUCCUGACCAAAGACUGAGGCAGUUGAGCUCCCAGUUCCUCUGCUGGCUGCGAGGAGAGAGGAGGUUGCAGGGCAGGGACAGAGGCUUGUGCCUCGACAAUGAAAACUCCAGGGGACACUUAACAUUUAAGAUGCUGAUCAGAGGCUGGGGUGCUGUGCUGAAGUGGUAUGGACACAGAUAGAAUGGCUAGUCCUCAGAGCUCCAGAAUGGCUAGUCCUCAGAGCUCCAGGAUGGCUAGUCCUCAGAGCUCCAGAAUGGCUAGUCCUCAGAGCUCCAGGAUGGCUAUUCCUCAGAGCUCCAGGAUGGCUAGUCCUCAGAGCUCCAGGAUGGCUAGUCCUCAGAGCUCCAGAAUGGCUAGUCCUCAGAGCUCCAGAAUGGCUAGUCCUCAGAGCUCCAGAAUGGCUAGUCCUCAGAGCUCCAGAAUGGCUAGUCCUCAGAACUCAAGAAUUGCAAGUCGUCACAGCUCCAGGAUGGCUAAUCCUCAGAGUUCAAGAAUGGCUAGUCCUCAGAGCUCCAGAAUGGCUAGUCCUCAGAGCUCCAGAAUGGCUAGUCCUCAGAGCUCAAGAAUGGCUAGUCCUCAGGCUCCAGACACAGUAGCUCUGUUUCAUCUUCUCCAAUGAGCAGGAUGCACUCACUCCAGGUGGACUCGGUGCAGCGCUGGAUGGAGGACCUGCGUCACAUGACGGAGGUGGAGUGCAUGUGUGUUCUGCAGGCCAAGGCCAUUGGCGUGGAGGAGGAUGCGCAGGGUGAGCUCAUCGUGGCCACGCGGGACCAUGUGGCCCGCGACAACCUGCAGACGCUGCUGCGGCGGGCGCUGGUGGUCAGCACAGAGCUGGGCAAGAUGUUCCAGCGGCUGGAGAAGGGCCGCUGGCAGCGGGUCCACAGCACGGCCGUCCGGGCCAACUGCCACGUGCGCUCGCUGGUGCAUGAGUAUAGCGCCGCCCGUAACACCCCCUCAGAGAUGCAGAAGUAUGAGAAGUCUUUGCUUGAGAAGUGCAUGGAGCUGACCACCAUAACAGAGAAAUGCCUUCAUACUGAGGACGAAUUCUUCCUGAAGUCCAUGAGGGAGGCCAUUAACGAGAUUCUCACCGAUGUCAGCGAUUCAUUCAGCCACAUGAUUGACAUGGCCCUGGCCAACGAGAUCCAGAUCCUGAUCAGGAAGAUUGAGUCGUCAGACAGUGUGUACACCAUAGGCAGUGACAUCAGCAACCUGCUCUCACUCACCCAGGAUGGCCCGCAGCUCUGCAGAAUCAUCGCUAAGGAGGGCGCUGUGGUGGCCCUGUUUAAGAUCUGCCGGCAGGACUGCUUCAGUGACCUUUACGCACACGCCCUGAGGGCGGUGGCCUCCAUAUGUUGUGUGGAGGAGGGCAUCAAUCAGCUGGAGAAGGUGGAUGGGAUCCUGUGCUUGGCGGACAUCCUGACCGAUGAGAACAGAGCUGAGUCGGCGAGGGCAGAGGCAGCGGCAGUGGUGGCCCAGAUCACCUCACCCCACCACACCUCCACCCAGCACCUGGGCAGCUUCCUGGAGAGCAUGGAGGACAUUGUCACCGCUCUCAUCAAGUUGUGUGGGAGUGCCUCCUGUGGCGAGGUCUUCCUCCUGGCAUCUGCUGCCCUUGCCAACAUCACAUUCUUCGACAGCAUGGCCUGUGAGAUCCUCCUCCAGCUCAACGCCAUCCACAUCCUCCUACAGGCAUGCAAAGACCGCCAGAGAGUUGAUACUCCCUACUCUAAAGACCAGGUGGUUACCAUCUUGGCAAACCUCUCUGUUUUGGAGCAGUCUGCACCUGAAAUCCUGCAAGAGAAAGGUGUUGAGAGACUGCUCCAGCUGCUGGGUGAGAAGCCGUCCUCCUCUAGUCCAUCGGAGGGCGCCGCAUGCGAGAGGGUCCAGCAGAAAGCCGCUGUCACACUGGCCCGUCUGAGCAGAGACCCGGACAUAGCCCAAACAGCCAUCCAGCUGCAAGCUGUCCCUCGACUAAUCGAACUGUGUCGCUCACCAGCGGAGCGGAACAACAGUGACUCUGUACUAGUUGCAUGCCUGGCUGCCCUGAGGAGGCUGGCAGCAGGGUGUCCAGACAGCAUCGAGGCCACCGACCACCAGCAGUUGAUCAAGCCCAGACUGGUGGACUCUUUCCUGCUGUGCUCCAACAUGGAAGAGAGCUUUGUAUGAGAAGAGAGCUUUAUAGGACGAUCCAGAGCGGAGGGGUUGGGUGCACAGGCACUGGAGGAGUCUCAGUGACCACUCACUCCAGCCUGAGACUUAAAAACACACAAGACAAAGGAGGGGUUGGGUGCACAGGCACUGGAGGAGUCUCAGUGACCACUCACUCCAGCCUGAGACUUAAAAACACACAAGACAAAGGAGGGGUUGGGUGCACAGGCACUGGAGGAGUCUCAGUGACCACUCACUCCAGCCUGAGACUUAAAAACACACAAGACAAAGAAGGGGUUGGGUGCACAGGCACUGGAGGAGUCUCAGUGACCACUCACUCCACCCUGAGACUUAAAAACACACAAGACAAAAGGAGGGGUUGCAGAAAUCAGUCCCUAUAUCCCAAAGCAUACAUUAAAUGUAUACCCAAAAAUCUGAGCAUAAACAGACUUGCUGUUAAUAAUUACAGAAUUGUCAUUCUCGGAGUAUAAAACACCGAAACUCGGGGACAUGUACAUGUUGGCAGCAUUCAUGAAAUCGUACUUAUUGGUUAUAAUUCCUCUCGUGAUAACAUUCAUAGUGUACAUGGGACCACCAUGCAUGAAAUAAAAAUAAUCAGUAUUUUGUGUCAGCUGCCAAUUUAAUGGGUUGUUCAAAUAUUAGAAACUACUAUUGUGUUCUGUUACUUACAGAUAAGAAUGUGUUUAAUGAGUUGUUGGUGGACAUACAGUAUAUUCAAGGUAUUUGACAUUAUCUCAUUUGGCUCUCUUGUUCAGGGGAGGUAAUAAUAUAGGUUACUGAUUUUAGUGUGCUGUUCUAAAGUAGGUUUCCUUGGAAACAAAGUGCUUUGAAAUCUAUAAUAUUGUAUCUGUAUUUCUUGCCUUGGAUCUAAAACAUUGUAUUUGCUACAAAGAAACAUACUGUAAAUGUGUUGUAAACCACAAUCUCUAUUAAAUUACUAUUAUAAUGUGUGGCAUGCAUAUACUGUAAUAAAGGGAAGAAUAUC